AUGGUAAAUACAAGAUCCACUGAGUUUGACAAAGAAAUGGAUACGUCCGGACCCCCUGCAUGGUUUUUAAAAAUAAAAAAAGAUAAAGAGAAGCGUAGACAAGAAGAGAAAGCGGAAAAUGAGAAGCGUUGGCAAGAAGAGAAAGCGGAAAAUGACAACCGUAGGCAAAAAGAGAAAGAGGAAAAGGAGAGGCGUAAAAAAAUAGAGAUUCAAAAGGAAAGCAAGCAAUUUUACACGUAG